UUGGACUUACAUAAACAACAGAUCCUUCAAAUUUCGUGCCACAAAACCAGAGCCAAGCCACCACUAUAAUUGUCUCUCGUUCUUGCUCCAUUCUCCACCAACAAAAACUGAAAAAACGAAAAAAAUGAAACCCCAACUCCUCUUCCUCUUCAUCCUCGCUUUGUUUCUCUCAUUAGCAAAAUCAUCUCCCACACCACAAACUCCCCAUGCAAAACCACCGGACAACGCCACCAUCUACAAAGUGUCGAAGCAACUCUGCUGGGGCUGCAUCGGCGAGGCCCUCCAGUUCCUGUUCGCCCACAAUUUAGUGAGAGCCAGAAAGUGGGAGCUCCCUCUGAUGUGGGAUUUCGAGCUCGAGAAGUACGCCAGGUGGUGGGCGGGCCAAAGAAAAGCAGAUUGCAAGCUGCAACACUCCUUCCCGGAAGACAAUUUCAAGCUGGGCGAGAACAUCUUUUGGGGCAGCGGCUCAACGUGGACGCCAAGCGACGCCGUUUCUGUAUGGUCUGGGGAAGAGAAAUAUUAUUCGUACGCCACCAACAGCUGCCAGGCCGGGGAAAUGUGCGGCCAUUAUACACAAAUUGUGUGGAGGAAUACGCGAAGAAUUGGGUGUGCUCGUGUUGUUUGCGACAAUGGGGAUGUGUUUAUGACUUGUAAUUAUGAUCCGCCGGGGAAUUAUGUUGGUGAGAGGCCGUAUUAAUUGUGGGUUAAGGAAGAUUAAUUGAUUUAAUUAGUGUGAAAAUCUUAUAAUUAGUGUUAAUUUGAGUGUGUCUUAAGGUACUAAUAAUUAUAAUUAGUUCAUGUAUGAUUAUGUUUGAGUUUGGUGUGAUUAGAGUUUUGCUGAUUAGUUAUGAUGUAUAUUUUGUAAGCCAACAUGUAUGAAGAAGAUAUGAAAGCUCAGAUAAAUAACUAAAUAAAUAACUAGCUACUUCUUUGUCUAUAA